AUGGCGGCGCUCCGAGGGGCCGCGGCCGCGCGGGUGGCUGCAGCGCCCGCCCACGCACACUGCGGAGACGGGAGCCCCGCCGCGCGCGCCUUAUACGGGAGACGGGGUCAGACGCGGAGGGUGCGGGGAGGGGAGGGGAGGGAGUGGGGGGGGGGAAACCCGGGGCCUGCGUCACGUGACGGGAGCUGCCACGUGCGCGCGGGCGGGGCGGGAGGGGGCGGGGCGAGAGCUCGCGGCCUUCCCGCCGCGGCCGAGGGUGGCGGGGCGGAGCCGCGCCGUGACAGGGCCGAGCCGGGAGGGUUUGUCGCGGAGCGCGGCCGGGGGAUCGCCUCAGCUUCCCCCGCAGCCCGGCUCCGCCUGAGGGCAGCUUUCCCGCGCUGGAAGCCCCUCCCGCCUCACCGCGGCGCUCCCCCGCCGCGCCUCAGGCGGCCCCGAGCCCUCCCGCCGCUGUCUGCGCCCGUGGUGCCGUGGCGGUGUUGUGGCAGCUUUGCAGCGGUGUGGUGGCGGUGCCACGGCAGCGUUGUGGCGGUGUGGGAGCGGUGUGGGAGCGGUGCCGCAGGCGCAGGGCGCGCAGCUCCGCGCUUUGUUCGGCACGAGGCCGGUGGGCGCGGGGUCCCACACGCAGGCGGGCGGGCGGGCCGCAGCCGGGCCGGGAGCCCUCAGCGCUGCUCUCCGGGGACUCUCGCAGCCCCUCGGCCAUCUGCGGUCAGCGCGGACAUCUGGCAGGCAGCUGCAGGAGGUGAAGGCGGUGGGUGGGUCGGAUCGGGGCCGGCGGGUCGGAGUGCGCGCAUCUCGGCGACGUGAGUGACUCAGACGAGCAGGGUUCAAAAGCGGCAGCUGGACGGGGUACGGCGGGAGCCGUUGUGAAGCGCGGAGACGUUCGGUGGGGCCGCGCACGGCCGUCCCUCGGUUACACGUCUGCGGUCAGCCGUACGAAGGACGCCGUCUGCAGCCCGCGGGUUCAGCUGCCCGUCACAAAGCUCCGCUUCCCGCGCAGCGCGGCUCUGCAGGUGCCCUCUGACCUCGGCUGCACAAGGAACGCACGCCUUCCUCCCUGCUUUCUCCUGCGGACAAACGUGCAGUCUUUCUCUUGUUAGAUUUCCAGCGUCUCAGCUCGGAGACGGUUGCUAAAAUAUAACAAAAUACAAACGAUUCCAUAUG